AUGGGGGCAAAGAAACCGGUGGCUGUGGUGGUAGGCGGGAGCAUAGCGGGGCUAUCGUGCGCUCAUGCUCUCAUCUCUGCCGGCUGGCGAGCCACCGUCAUCGAGAAGACCGCUGGUCCGCCGUCCGGGAGCCCCACCGGCGCCGGCCUCGGCCUCGAUCCGCAGUCCCUUCGCCUCGUCUCCCGCUGGACCUCCGACCCCAACUUCCUCCAUGCCGCCACCGUCCCCCUGUCCAUCGAUAUCAAUCGCGGAACGGAUAGCAAGAGGAAGGUCAGCCGGACGCUGACGAGGGACGAGGGUUUCAACUUCAGAGCAGCCCAUUGGGCGGAUCUCCACUCCAUUUUACUCCAGGCGUUGCCGCCGGGGACCGUUGUAUGGGGUCACCAAUUCCUGUCCUUCGAUGUGUCAAACGACAAAUCGUUUGUUGUUACCAAAUCCAGAGUGCUUCUGACGGAUGAGGUCGUCGAGAUUGUUGGCGAUCUCCUUGUCGCCGCCGAUGGAUGCCUGUCCUCAAUCCGUUGUCAUUUCCUUCCUGACUUCAAAUUAAGGUAUUCAGGCUACACUGCAUGGAGAGGGAUUUUAAAUUUUACAGGUAAAGAAAGUUCUGACAUCAUCCUUGGUGUUCGUCGUGCUUAUCCGGAAUUGGGAGAUUGUUUGUAUUUUGAUCUAGCCACUGGAACACAUUCCGUUCUUUAUGAACUGAAAUGCAAGAGGUUGAACUGGCUUUGGUACGUGAAUGGCCCAGAACCUGAACACAAGGGAAGCUCGGUAACGAUCAAAGCUAGCAAUGACAUGAUUCAGAAGAUGCAUGAAGAAGCAGAGAAGGUUUGGGUUCCUGAACUUUCCAGGAUCAUGAAAGAAACAGAAGAACCUUUCGUCAAUAUAAUAUACGACAGUGACCCACUACCACGGCUCUACUGGGACAACGUGGUAUUAAUUGGAGAUGCAGCCCAUCCAACCACUCCUCAUGGCUUGAGAAGUACUAACAUGUCAAUUCAAGACGCAGGAAUCUUGGGCUAUUGCCUUGAGAAAUGGGGGCUGGAGCACUUAAGUAUGGCUCUAGAGGAGUUCCAGACAACCCGACUUCCAGUGGUUUCGAAGCAAGUACUGCAUUCACGCAAGUUGGGACGUCUAAAGCAAGGUUUGGUUGUUGACGGCCAGGAGACUUUCGACCCCAUGACAGCCACCCCAGAAGACUGUCUACAGCUCCAGCAAAGAAGGGUCCCUUACUUUGAGGAGUGUGCGAUAUACUCCAUACGGAAGCCAUGGCCACGCAUAGCUGGCUCUGACGUGGUGUCAGCUAAGGAGUUAAUGUGGUGGAUCCCUACGAAUCAACAGCUUGUCAUUUGACAGUUGGCAGAUCUCCAUAAUUCAAUCCAGGCUGGCAAAUUACUUGAUUUGGCGACACACGUGGCCACGUUAUCCCACGUUGAACCAGGUUCUGCUCGAUCAUCACCUUAUCCUAUCAGCAUAUGUUAACUUUGUGAUGGUCGAAUAAGCGACAACCCUUGUGAGCUGUCUCCA